AUGGCUAGUGGGAGUAGCAGCUUGCCACAAUCACCAAGUUCUGUAGCUACUGAACCUGAACCUGUCAACGAUUCAGAGUCGAUUGAAAUAGAAGAUGAUGAGCCAGAAGAAGAGAUGAAUGUUGGUUCUAAAAGGAAACUAACCUAUGUUGUUUGGAAAGAGUUCAAAAGAGUGAAAUUUUUGGGGGAGAUGAAGGUAAAAUGCAUGUACUGUGGCAAGAAGCUUUCAGCAAAAUCAUCAAGUGGAACAAAACACCUUCAUGAUCAUCUGGCUUGUUGCCAGUAUCGAAGGUGCAAACUCUUAGGGAAGAACAAGAAUUUGAUUCAACCCUCUCUUAAGUUUGCCUCCAGGGAGUCAGGACAGCUAUCUGUUGAAAAUUACUCAUUUGAUCCAGAAGUGGCUAGAAGAGAACUUGCUGGCAUGAUAAUACUCCAUGAGUACCCUCUAUCUAUGGUGGACCAUACCGGCUUUAGGAGGUUUGUGAGUGCCCUUCAGCCUUUAUUCAAGAUGGUGACUAGGAACACAAUCAGGAAGGACAUUAUGGAUGCAUAUAUGGAAGAAAAGAAGAAGGCCCAAGAGUACAUGGUUGGAACUAAGUCUAGAGUGGCCAUCACUACAGACAUGUGGACCUCUGAGAAUCAAAAAAGAGGUUACAUGGCUGUAACAGCUCAUUUCAUUGAUGACUCUUGGACACUUAGAAGCAUUAUAAUGAGGUUCAUAUAUGUGCCUUUCCCCCAUACUGCUGAUAUUAUUUCUGACAAGUUGUAUGAUGCUUUCGUUGAAUGGAAUGUUGAUGAGAAGAUCUCCACCGUGACUAUGGACAAUUGCAGCACAAAUGAUGCGGUAAUUCCUGUACUGAUCAACAAGAUUAGUUCUGAUAAACUGAUGUUAAAUGGUCAAAUAUUGCAUAUGCGUUGUUGUGCCCAUAUUCUGAACUUGAUUGUGAGGGAUGGUUUAGAUGUGAUACAACCUGCAAUUGCAAAGAUUCGUGAUAGUGUAGCCUUUUGGACAGCCACGCCUAAAAGAUUAGAAAAAUUUGAGGAAAUUGCAAAGUAUGUGAAAGUGCCAACUGAUAACAAAUUAGGACUUGAUUGCAAAACAAGAUGGAAUUCUACAUACAAGAUGCUUAGUGUUGCUUUACCUUACGAGGCUUCUUUUAACCGUGCAACACGUGUAGAGAAGCUAUAUGAUUUUGCUCCAAGUAAGGAAGAUUGGACUUUUGCUAAAGAGGUGGUAGGGAGGCUCAAAAUGUUUGAUGACAUCACUGCUCUGUUUUCUGGAACUAGUUAUGUUACUGCCAAUGUCCAGCUCUUUAAGAUUUGUGAGGCUAAGACAAAAAUUAUGAACUGGUCUGCAUGUGGGAUUCCUAUUAUAGAAGAAAUGUCAACUAAAAUGAUUAAAAAGUUUGAUAAGUAUUGGAAGGACAUUCAAGGGCCGAUGGGAAUAGCUAUUGUUCUUGAUCCCCGGUUCAAAACUGAUUAUCUUCUUGGAUUCUUUGAGUGUCUGUUUGGUCAUAGUGAAUCUUGUCUUGAGAAAGUUGAAGUUGUCAAGGCCUCUCUAUGUGACUUGAUGAUUGAGUAUCAGUUGGACGAUGAAGAAGAUAAUACAGAAUCAUCAACUCCAGCACUUGACCAUUCAGGCUUCUUGUCCACGAUCAGUGCACGUGUUGCAACUAGAAGGCCAAGGGUGCAAGUCUGCACAGUUGCAUCAGAGUCUGCGUUUAGCACAAGUGGGCGAGUUCUUAGUGAGCAUCGCAGCCGGCUUACUCCGGAGAUCUUGGAGGCACUUAUGUGUUCACAAGAUUGGAUGCGGCGCAAGUAUAUAGAUGCUAAUAAUGUGGACAAGCCUGAAACUUUUUGGAGUUGCCUUCAGGAGAUCCAAGAAAGGAUGCAGAAACUCCUACUUUGA